GCGGGCCUCACCGUGCGGUCCUACAGUGCUCCGGUCCUGGUCCGGGUCCGGGUCCGGGUCCAGUCACUGCUCAGGAUUGGACCGGGUUCACGUGAGGGAAGCCCCGCAGACAGCAUGAAGAAGACGGAUCAGUUCCAGCCGCGGGACGUCGUUACAAACCAAACCUCCGUGUUACCUGCUGACGUCCAGCAGGUAUUGGUGGUUAAAGAGGAGAUUCCUUGGAGCCCCAGUGUGGAUCAGGAGGACCUGGAGCUGGGCCACAUAAAGGAGGAAUUGGAGGAGGAGGUCCCUGGCAGGCUCCCUUUCACUGUGGUUACUGUGAAGAGUGAAGACGACGAGGAGGAGGAAGAAGCAAACCUUCCAGGCAGCAGCUCCAGUAAACUGAAAAGAGGAGCAAAAGCUGGGACCAAUCCAGACGGCUCUGAGACUGAAGUCAGUCUGCAUGAUGGUGAGGAGGAGGAGGAGGAGGAAUGGCAGGAGCCUUCAUCAGAUCCUGGGCCUCACAGUAAGAACCAGCUGAAGCAGGGCGAAGUGGGAAUCAAACCCUUCAGCUGCCCACAAUGCCGCCGGCUUUACACCCACAAACGGUCGCUCAUCAAACACUUGAAGACUCAUUCGGAGAAAAGCGUGGCAAAGGAGAAAAAGUUCAAAGCAAACACGCAACAAGGGGAGAAAAUCUUCAGCUGUAAAGUUUGUGGACAAAGUUUUAACAGAGAGCCGCAUCUGAAGACACACAUGAGAGUUCACACAGGUGAGAAGCCCUUCACCUGCAGCGAGUGUGGGAAGAGCUUCAGCCAGCAGAGCAACCUCACCACACACACCAGAGUGCACACCGGGGAGAAGCCCUUCUCCUGCCACGUCUGUGGCAAGAGCUUCGGGGGCCCGGGGACCCUCAACCGACACAUGAAGGUCCACACGGGCGAGAAGCCCUUCGAGUGUGGCUUCUGCAGCAAGCGCUUCAACCUGAACACGCACCUGAAGAGACACCUGCUCGUCCACACGGGCGAGAAGCCGUUUGGCUGCCACGUGUGUGAGAAGAUCUUCACGCAGCAGGUGGACCUGAAGAGACACAUGAGGAUCCACACGGGCGAGAGGCCGUACGGCUGCGACGUCUGCGGGAAGAGGUUCAACAGCAAGUCCAACCUGAAGAGGCAUGCCGCUGUGCACGGCCCCGUGCACACGGAGCCCAGGCGCUUUGUUGUUGGAAUCAUCAUGAAGAGUUAAUGGUGCAAAUUGACUUGCACUGUUUUGUGUGGCUACACCUGUUGUCUUGUUUUUUUCUGCUGCAUACAUUAAAUGAUCUUAGACAGUC